AACUCACCUCCGCUACUACAACCAAAAUCUACCAACCAUGAGUCACUCUUCAAUGCAUUCUACUUCUUACCGUCGCACUUUCGGGAGCCCCCAUCCCAUCUCUAUGUCCUCCUAUUCUGCCGUAUCCUCGCGAAUGCCUGCAGGUGGUCGCUAUGGCCACUCUAUGUCUCCCAUGGGUUCCUCUAGAGCAACAUCCUACCAUUCUCAACGCAGCUCAAGACCCCAGCAACCCCCGCGCAUCUCCUAUGAUAAAGUUGACUUCACGCUAGCCGAAGCUAUCAACCAGGAUUUCCUAGCGACCCGCAGCAACGAGAAAGCCGAACUGCAAGAGCUGAACGACCGUUUUGCGAGUUUUAUCGAGAAAGUGAGGUACCUCGAGCAGCAAAAUGGAGCGUUGACCCAAGAGUUGAACCAGUUUAAGGGGCAGGUGCAGCAGGGGCAACCCAACCGAGCCACCGACCUCUUCCAGGAGGAGAUGAGAGAGAUGAGGAGGCAGAUGGAAGCGAUCGGGAAGGACCGGGACCAAUAUCAGCUGGAGAGGGAUAACCUGGCAGAAGACCUGAACCUGCUCAGACAAAGGCUGGACGAGGAGACCCAGAAGAGGGCGGAUGCGGAGAAUAACCUGGUUGCUUUCCGUAAGGACGUGGACGAUGCCACUCUGUCCCGUCUGGAGCUGGAGAGGAAGAUCGAGUCUUUGAUGGACGAGAUCGAAUUCCUCAAGAAGCUCCACGAUGAGGAGAUCCAGGAUGUGCAGGUGAGCGUGCAGACCCAUCAGCUGAAGAUGGAGGUGGAGAGCACGAACCGCCCGGAUCUGACCGGAGCUCUGAGGGAAAUCAGGGCUCAGUACGAGAACAUCGCCAUGAAGAACAUGCAGGAGUCUGAGGAGUGGUACAAGUCCAAGUUUGCAGAUCUGACUGAGUCUGCCAAACGUAACACUGAUGCUCUGAGACAGGCCAAACAAGAGGCCAACGAGUCCCGGAGACAGAUCCAGUCCCUCAACUGUGAGAUCGAUGCUCUCAAGAACACGAACGAGGCUCUGCUGCGUCAGAUGCGAGAGAUGGAAGACCAGUUUGGAAAUGAGAUCACAAACUACCAGGACAACGUGUCUCGCCUGGAGGAGGAGAUCCGACACCUGAAGGAGGAAAUGGCCCGACACCUGCGCGAGUACCAGGACCUGCUCAACGUCAAGAUGGCCCUGGACAUCGAGAUCGCCACCUACAGGAAGCUGCUGGAAGGAGAGGAGAGCAGGAUUACUAUUCCCAUCGGUAUGGGUAUGACUAACCAUGUUGGAGACCGCGACUAUGAGCCGACUCCCAGGGACCAGGGCAAGAAGUCGGUGGUCAUCAAGACUGUGGAGACUCGAGAUGGAGAGGUUGUAAAGGAGUCCAGGACAGAGAAGGACUCUGGCCGCCGUGGCAAGGAAGAAAACGAUGAUUAGACCGACCGAUACCAGGAAGCCAGUGCCAUGCAAGAAUAAGAAACAAAAUAUGAAAAAAAUCUUGAAAACUAACUCCUGAUUCCUCUCUGCUGUCUGUCUCUUUGCAGUAUAGAUGCUGUUGAAUGAAUCUUUAGAAAAUGAUCCUCCUCGGUGCUAAAAACGCCACUUUUUGCCACAUAUUGUCUGCUAAUCUGUGGAGCUACGCUAACUGUUCUAACUUACCACUAGAGGCCUUGUUUUACAGUGCAAUCCACCUUUAUAGCCAUAUUUGCAAAGAUCUGUCUCAGCGUACUAACAAAAAAUACCAGACACUGCCCUGUUCCUUAAUGCAAUGUAGAAGAUUAACGUUAGCUUGUAUUGUUUUGGAAGCUUUGCAUUCCCCUGAUUGAAUUACCAAAGACAUGGGUAAUGUUAGUUAUAAUAGGAGUAGAUGUAACACACAGAAAUGAUGAGAAAAAGCUUUUGCUGGACGUGCUUCGCGACGCUGUGUGUAACUGGCACUGUUUGAUGAAUGACAAUGUAGUGCUAAUAAAAUAAAUGACCAAAA